CACGCGGUCGGCGCAGUUGCUCAGUUAUUUGUUCAGUUGUAGUUUCGCAUUUUACCAAAUUUGAUGCAAAAAUGGUGACAACGAAACUAUCAAAAAUAAAAGAUUCCAAUGAAAAUCCAAAGAGCAAGGCGGCCAGUCAAAAUAGCUGGCAAAAGGUUAAAAUCAAAGGCCACGUGAUAUCCGAUGAUUUCAGCGGCUCAUUGGGAGGAUUGAUUGGCUUGGAAGUGUUGAACGACUACGAUCCAAAGAUUGUGAAAUCAAGUACAAAAAACCGGGGCAACAACAAACAAGAUCGGAUCGUAAAAAAAACACCUAUCAAAAAACGCAAAGCUGAAAACAAUGUGUCGGACUCGGAUAGUGAGACCGAAGGCUCGAGUGACGAUGAGAAUAUACCUGGAGUAAAGGUUCAGAAACCGAGCAAAAAGGCGCAUGCGGAGCGCCAUGCACAACGAAUGUUGAAACAGCGCGAGAAACGUGAGAAGCGCAAGGAAAUCCGUAGACAGCAGAAAGUAGAUGGAAAGCCGACACCGACAGCAGCUAAUAUAAAGACCCCCAAAGAUCUAAAGAGCAAAUAUACGCCAAAUGAUGAUUAUCCGCCAGAUCGCUUUGUACUACUGCGCCCCCCGUCUGCUGAAGACCUCGAAGAGGAUUCCGAAGAGCUUGAUGAAGUGGGGGAGGAGAAAGAAGCGAAUAGUGACGAGGAAGUGCCGGAGCUGGUGUCUCUUACGACUCCCGCUGAGGAAAAUUUAGUAGGCUGGAAUGGGCUCGGCGUGCCGCAGCCCAUUUUACGUGCAUUGGCCGAGCAGGGGUUCAUGUCACCCACACAGAUUCAGACUCUGACGCUGCCCGCAGCUAUACUUGGCAAGAAGGAUAUAUUGGGCGCUGCGGAGACGGGCAGUGGCAAGACUUUGGCCUUUGGCAUACCGUUGCUUGCUGGAAUAAUGGAGCUAAAGCAACGCAGCAUAACGUCUGGAAUACGGAAAGCACCGCGGGUCAAGGGAGCUCAAAAAACUGAACCAGCCGAUGAACACCACGAACUUACACCGCCGCCCGAGGAACUGGAUUACGUGUCUGGUGCCAGCGAUGAGGACAGCGAUACAGGACAGCAAUCCGGGUCGAAAAUGGGUCCCCUCUACGCUUUAGUGCUAACACCAACAAGAGAACUAGCCGUACAGGUGAAAAAUCAUCUGGUGGCCGCUGCCAAGUACACAGGCAUUAAGGUAGCUGCCAUAUUUGGUGGCCUUGCCGUUGCCAAGCAGGAGCGCGUGCUGCGCCAAUGUCCCGAAAUUGUGGUUGCCACGCCAGGCCGCCUUUGGGAACUCUACACCCAGGGAAACCAGCAUUUGAAGAAAAUCGAGCAUGUCAGCUUUCUAGUUAUCGAUGAAACCGAUCGCAUGGUGGAGAAGGGUCACUUUGAAGAACUCCGCAGUCUGUUGAAGGUACUCAAUGCGGAUGAGCAGCGCAAGCAACUGCGCCAGAACUUUGUGUACUCCGCCACCCUGACUCUAGUGCACGAUCUGCCGGAGCAUAUGCAAAAGCGCAAUAUGGGAAAGCGUCCCAAGUUCGUUAAGCAGACAGUGGAUCAAAAAAUACAAGGACUCAUCGAUGAGCUGGGCAUAUCACAGCCCAAAAUUGUGGACAUUACGAGCAGUCAACAAACGGCACAAACGCUUACAGAAAGCCGACUCGUGUGCUCCAUAGAUGAAAAAGAUUACUACCUGUAUUACUUUAUACAGCGCCAUCCCGGACGUACCAUAGUUUUCUGUAACUCGAUUGAUUGUGUUAAGCGCUUAGCCACGCUCUUUGGCCUUCUCGACUGUAAUCCGUUGCCACUUCAUGCAAACAUGAUACAGAAGCAACGAUUAAAAAACCUCGAACGCUUUCGUGACAAUCCCAUUGGCCUGCUGAUAGCCACAGAUGUAGCUGCCCGAGGCCUGGACAUACCCAAUGUGGAACAUGUCAUACACUAUCAGGUGCCGCGGACCAGCGAGAACUAUGUGCAUCGCUCUGGGCGCACCGCUAGAGCUAAUAAACAUGGCAUCACGGUCAUGUUCAUGGAGCCCGGCGAAGUGAAAAACUAUGUGAAGCUGUAUAAAACCUUGGAGCGAACCGAGGAUUUGCCUCUAUUUCCUAUUUCCGAACGUUUUCUGUCUGCUGUCAAGGAACGUGUUAAUUUGGCCCGCGAUUUGGACAAGGAAGAACUAAAGCUGAGAAGGACUCAAAGCGAGAUAGGCUGGAUGAAAAAGCAUGCCGAAGAAAUGGACAUGAUUAUAGAUGGCUUCAAUGAUGAGUCUGGCAGUGAUAUGGACGAAGAUGCAUUUGUCAUCGAACGAAGACGAAAUCGCCUGCAUGUGGAGACGGUUCGGGCACAACUUUGUGCCUUGCUGAGUCAGCCCAUCUUUCCAAAAGGAUUUAGCUUCAGAUAUCCAACAAGCACAGGACAAUUACUUCCCGCUUCGGAGAUUGCACCUACUCAAGCAAACAGCGCUGUGGAAACCAUGAAGGCAGCCAUCGAAGACAUGAAACAAUCGAAAAAAAUGCGCAACAAACGAAAACAUAAUUCUUAAUACAAAUAUAUAUGUAUGUAUAUUAAACUGUACAAAUAAAUAAACACUUAUUAACUAAAA